UAUACAUUUUCUACAUUAGAUGUAUAAAGUUAUAUAUUGUUGUAUAAUAUUGUAUACUAGUCUUAUACAUUAUUAUUCACUUUUAUACAAGCUAUAUAUAUUGUCUACAGUAGGUGUAUAGAGUUGUAUAAUGUUGCAUAAAAGUGAAUAGUCAAGUUGGGCCAUGAAAUGUGGGCUGUAGGUUUGUAAUUAAAAUAUGGGCUAUGAAUAUGUAAUUUCGACCCAUAAAUUGUUUAUAUGUGAAAUUUUCCCAACAAAAAAUGGGUCCUUUGAAAUUUCUUCCUACUUCCCCCUAUUAAUAUCUCCUCUUCUCUUCAAUCCCACAAAAAUCUUAAGGAGUAGAAGGUAAUUUCGCAUGGGCGCAUCAUUAUCCAGUCUAACAGAUAACGAAUCAACGACGGGAAAACCAAGUCUUGGUGACAUACCGGAAAAUUUCGUGGAAUGUGUGUUUAUGUACCUUAAUCCACCCGAAAUCUGUAAUUUAGCUAGGCUUAAUAGGGCUUUUCGUCGUGCUACAUCAAGCGACGCCGUUUGGGAUUCUAAGAAAGAUAUAUUUGCUUUGUUAUCUAGGCCUGUUCCAUUUGAUGAUGGCAAUAAGGAAGUAUGGUUGGAUAGAAUUAGUGGAAGGAUUUGCAUGUCUAUCUCCACGAAAGCGAUGUUGAUAACUAGUGGUGAAGACAGAAGACAUUGGAACUGGUUUCCUACUGAUGAGUCAAGGUUCCACGUUGUGGCGUAUUGCCAGCAAGUAUGGUGGUUUGAAGUAGGUGGUUCAGUGAAAUUCCCAUUUCCUCCGGAUGUAUACACGCUAACAUUCAGGGUCCACCUUGGGAAAUUUUACAAGAGACUUGGUCGACGUGUUUGCAACUUUGAGCACACUCAUGGAUGGGAUUUAGGGCCAGUGCGAUAUGAACUAUCUACAUCUGAUGGGCAGCAUAUAGUGAGUGAGUCCUCCAUACAUGAUAGCGAUCAAGGUGGCAACUGGAUAGAGUACAAGGUGGGUGAAUUUAUUGUGAGUAGGUCCGACCCUGCUACUGAAGUUAGAUUUUCAAUGAAACAGAUUGAUUGCACACAUUCAAAAGGUGGGCUCUGUGUAGAUUCUGUAUCGAUUGUCCCAAGCGAUCUGAAAGGUCGUAGAAGAAAAAGGGUCUUGAAGUACCACUAAGUCAUCUGUUUCUAAUUUUUUCCACUGCUCCCAGAAAGUUUUGGUUGGGGUCCUGUAAUACGGCUUAUACUGUCUAAAAACUUGGUUUCGUGGAGGAUAGUCAUUGUAGUUUUUUGCCUUAGGUACCUGUGUCCGUGUAAAUGUAACUAUGUUAUCUUUGGUCUAGUUUUGUCCCAGAAUGGAAAGAUCAAGAAAAUGUACUUUGCUCAUCUGUCACGAGGAAAGGUUUAACGUUCUCAAUGUACAUGUAAAUAUUCGAGAAAUUCUUUUUCAAAUGUCUUUACUGCUACUUGUAUUA